UCACAUACCGAUGGUUGGAAGGGCAAUUUGCUAACUUUGCUCUCGGGCACCACUGCGAAGAUCAGCUAGCCGCUGGUGCUGUAGAUGCCAUUUUGUUGAUUUAUGAGACGAAAACCCGAGCUGUAGCUUUGGCUUGUUCUCACUGCGAAGUGUUCGUCACUAUCGAAAUUUCUAGAGAGAGAAUUUGUUCUACUUCCAUUUUUGUGCUGAUAAGGAAUCUACUUGCGAAAAAAAAAUCAAUUCCGCGAUCGUUCAAGGCCACAGCACUGGUUCAGUAGCGUCUCGUGUAGUGCCGCAUACCGGUUGAACAUAUGGAAAACCGGCUAGAAAUGAAAAGGAAAGCCCCCUGAUCGCAAAUGGGCCUGAUGAUUAAUCGCGAAUAUAUUAAAACACCGGCUGUGUGUGCACCGCAUACAUGACACGUAUUUUGCAGUAGAAUGGCAGCAAGAAAGGCAAGCCGAUAAUACACCAAUUGAAAUUCGUUACCGCGGAGUUCCCGCUCCUCUCGCUUACGGGAGGUUCAAUAAACCGUUGGAUAGCGCAACGAAGAGCGUUUCCCAGUGAUUGUGUGUAGAAGUCAAUGCUAAGCAAAUCUAUUUUCAACAUGCCAGUUCCAGAGCUCCAAAAACCCGCUCCCAAAUUCGCCGGAACCGCCGUCAUCAACGGCGAGUUCAAGGAGAUCAAGCUGGAAGACUACGCCGGCAAGUAUCUGGUACUAUUCUUCUAUCCUCUGGAUUUCACCUUCGUCUGUCCGACCGAAAUCAUCGCCUUCUCGGAUCGCGUGGAGGAAUUCCGCAAGAUUGGCUGCGAAGUGAUUGGCGUUUCGACCGACAGUCAUUUCACUCAUCUGGCCUGGAUCAACACACCCCGCAAGCAGGGUGGACUUGGCGAGCUGGGAAUCCCACUGUUGGCUGACAAGUCGAUGAAAAUCUCGCGCGACUAUGGAGUGCUACAGGAGGAAAGCGGAGUCCCAUUCCGUGGGCUGUUCGUCAUCGACGGCAAGCAGAAUCUGCGCCAGGUGACCGUCAAUGAUUUGCCUGUGGGACGUAGCGUUGAUGAAACGCUUCGUCUGGUUCAAGCGUUCCAGUUCACCGACGAGCACGGAGAGGUUUGCCCCGCCAACUGGAAACCCGGAGCGAAGACAAUGGUUGCCGAUCCGACGAAAUCGAAGGAGUAUUUUAAUGCCGCUAAUUAAACACUUAUCCCACGCCACCGAUGAUUUGCUCUCAGAAGCUAUGCCUAUAGAUAACAGUAACAAUAGAACCCCUUCCUCAAGCGAACAAAUUACACUACAUAAUAGUUAGCCACUUGAACGUACUAUUUAGGAUUAUUUAUUCCGUUAGAGGACAUAAAUCGCACUCUAAGAGAGUCAUCCAUGAGACCGAGAGCUGACACUUAGUAUACACGCGCCGCAGUAUUUUCUCUGUAACUGGUUUAAAGGGAAGAUAAGUGUGAGCAAUAAAAAGUAUUGUUUUUGUACACCUAUAA